AUGAUUGAGCGUACGCCUUUUAUAUCUUUGGGACGUUAUCGAUAUUUGCGGACGCUGUUUUUGAUAAAACGUGUGAGUUCAGGAAUACUUGCUGCAGGGCUUUCAGGGCUUUUUGUGUUUUAUUAUACGGAUUCUCGUGCAGGAAUUCAUACGUAUGGAACGAACUUUGUGCUACGUACUUUUUUUCCGGCAGAAAUAGGACAUCAGAUUGCUUUGAAGGUUCUUCAAUGGGGAUUGGGGCCAUGGGAUAAGAAAACAGAUGAUACAGCAUUAAUGCUGAAUAUUUGGGGGCGUACGGUGUCAAAUCCUGUGGGACUUGCAGCGGGGAUGGAUAAGCAAGGAGAGGCUAUAGAUGGGCUGUUAGAUCUUGGAUUUGGGUGCAUUGAGAUUGGGACAGUGACACCGCGUGCUCAACCGGGAAACCCACCGCCUCGUUUUUUCCGUUUGAACAAGGAUGCUGCAGCAAUUAAUCGGUAUGGAUUUAAUUCCGAUGGCUAUGAUAUCGUAAUACGGCGUUUGCACAAUCGGAUUCUUAAAUAUGCAGCUGAUCAUUGUCCUGAGUUGAGGAAAAUGUCUAUUUCCCAACUAGCACAGCUAGCCAAGAGCGUAGAAUCAAUAAAUUUUUUGGAUAUUCCAAAAAGUCUUAGGAGAAAUAAGCUUCUAGCGAUUAAUCUUGGAAAAAAUAAGGAUUCAGAUGAAAUAAAUGAUUAUGUAAAGGGUAUACGUCGUUUGGGGCCGUAUGCAGAUAUUUUAGUAAUGAAUAUAUCAAGUCCCAAUACACCGGGGUUACGGCAACUCCAACAAAAGGAUUCCCUUGAAGCGCUUUUGUUAGCGGCUAUUCAAGAACGUGAUCUUUUAUCUGAUCCAAAACCUGCUUUAUGUAUUAAAAUAGCACCUGAUUUAAAUGACUCUGAAUUAGAUGAUAUUGUUGAUGUUAUUAAAAGGAUACCAAUUGAUGGAAUAAUUGUCUCAAACACUACAAUACAAAGGCCAAAGAGCCUUAAGGAUGAUCGGUUUAUACAUGAACAAGGCGGCCUUUCAGGGCCUCCUUUAAAACCAUUGGCUCUUAAUAUUUUAAGAGCUUUACGGAGAAAGUUACCUAAAGAUUUUAUUAUUAUAGGUUGUGGCGGGAUUUCAUCAGGAAAGGAUGCUGUGGAGUAUGCUCGUGCUGGUGCUUCUUUAGUUCAAUGUUAUACUGCCUUUGGGAAAGUUAUAUUUGAUGAAAUUUACAAUGAAUUAAAAGGGAAAAAAUGGGUAGACAUUAUUGGUAUAGAUGAAAUAAAGGAUAAUUGA